AAAAUGAAGAAUCAGUCCAUGGAAAUACAGUUCAUCCUUGCAGGAUUGACAGACAACCCACAAUUGCAAAUUGCUGUUUUUCUGUUUCUAUUUCUCAACUACAUCUUGAGCCUGGCAGGGAACUUAGUCAUCAUCCUCCUCACUCUGCUAGAUCUUCGUCUCAAGACCCCCAUGUAUUUCUUCCUGCGCAAUUUCUCCUUCCUAGAGGUCAUAUUUAUAACUGUGUGCAUUCCAAGAUUCUUGAUAACCAUUGUGACUAAAGACAAAACCAUCUCUUAUAACAGUUGUGUAGCUCAAUUGUUUUUCAUUCUUUUAUUGGGAGUUACAGAGUUUUACCUCCUGGCUGCCAUGUCCUAUGACCGCUAUGUUGCCAUCUGUAAACCACUGCAUUACCCACUCAUCAUGAACAGCAAAGUGUGCUACCAACUUGUCCUCGGCUCCUGGGUCACUGGAUUCUUUAUCAUCUUCCCUCCUUUAGUCCUGGGACUCCAGCUAGAUUUCUGUGCUUCCAAAACCAUCGAUCACUUUAUGUGUGAAACUUCCCCUAUUCUGCAGAUAUCUUGCACAGACACACAUGUUCUAGAGUUGAUGUCUUUCAUCUUAGCUGUUGUGACGCUCAUGGUCACGUUGGCAUUGGUGAUUAUCUCUUAUGCUUGCAUCAUCAAGACUAUUCUGAAAUUUCCUUCUGCCCAGCAAAGGAGAAAAGCUUUUUCCACGUGUGCUUCCCAUAUGAUUGUUGUCUCCAUGACAUAUGCUAGCUGUAUCUUUAUGUAUAUUAAACCAUCAGCAAGAGAAAGAGUGACUGUCUCCAAAGGAGUUGCUUUGCUGUAUACUUCAAUUGCUCCUUUAUUGAAUCCCUUCAUCUAUACUCUAAGGAACCAGCAGGUGAAAGAUGCCUUCCAGGAUAUUAAACAAAAAUUUUUUAGUUUAACAAGAAAAACGUUGUAA